AUGAUGUGCAAAUCUGGGGAAUGUUUGGAAUCUGUACUGGAUCCAACAACUGUGUGUAAUGUAGAAGUAGAUGGGCCCAGGGAUGAGCCACUCCAAAAUAGUCAGGAUUUAUUACCCAAAAAAAGUGAUAUAGUGACUCAAACCCGAAAUGUAGUUCACUAUAGAAGCAAAUACUGCCAAGUUUCGUUGUCAUUUUCGUCUACAAAAUUCGAUGUGGCUACGUCCCCCAUAAAACCCGAGGGACUCCUAAAAAAGUCAUGUAAAAAUCUUGAGGGUGAGGUCAGAAGUUCAUUCCAAUCACAUUGCGAGGAUUCAUCUACAGACACAACGGAAACCUUAGAUACGGAGACGGAAUGGCAAUCAAAUGAAGACAGCAGCGAAGAUAAUAUACCAGGAUACUACAAAAAUGAGGGAAAUAAGUUUCGAUCAAUGUUUAUCCAGAAAAUUGAGAAUCGGCUACGAUUGUAUACAGGUGUACCUAAAGAAUACAAAAAUGUUAUAGAAACUUUAGUAAUCAGAAGUUCUUUAAAGAAAUAUUUUAUAUAUUUAUCUUUGUACAAAAUUAAGAGUAAUAUGUCUUUUCAACAAAUAGCGGACCUAUUUGCAAUAAGUAAAGCUUAUGCAAGUACAGUAUUUGCACGUACUACUUUAGUGCUAGCCGAAUUUAUGAGGCACUUAAUAUACUGGCCAAGUAGCGAUUCUAUAAAAACAAAUCUUCCCAUUCAAUUUCGAAUGUCUUUUUACAAUGUACAGUCUAUCAUCGACUGCUUGGAGAUUCAAAUUCAUAAACCUAGCGACCCUGUUCAACAGGCGCUGACUUGGUCCGAGUAUGAAAAGUGUAACACUAUAAAGUAUUUGAUAUCAUGUACUCCUGAUGGUUUCAUAAACUUUAUAUCUUGUGGGUAUGGAGGACGCGCAAGCGAUGUUGCAAUUUUUGAAGACUGUGGUGGAUAUUUAAAAGUUCUUGCAGAAAAUUGCGUUAUUAUGGCAGACCGAGGUUUUAAACAAAUUGAAACAUCCCUAAGGAAAAAAAAAUGUACAUUGGUUAGACCUCCAAGUGUUUUAAGUAAUGUAAAAAAGACCAAGGAUGACGUUCUGCUUACAAAACGAAUUGCAAGUGUGCGAAUACAUAUUGAACGUAUAAUAAAUCGCUUGCGACAUUUUAAAAUGUUAGGACCCCACUCUACUCUUUCUUCAGCAAUGGUUCAAAAACUAGAUAACAUUAGUAUAGUUAGUAUUUCCUGUGCCAUAAUAAAUUUACAAAAACCCAUUAUAAUACAAUAG